AUGGCGGAUCGGACAGCUCCUAGAUGCCAGCUUCGGCUGGAGUGGGUUUACGGUUACAGGGGUCACCAGUGCCGCAACAACCUGUACUAUACCGCGGGCAAGGAGGUGGUCUAUUUCGUGGCUGGAGUCGGGGUGGUGUAUAACACCCGGGAGCACAACCAGAAAUUCUUCUUGGGACACAACGACGACAUUAUCAGCCUUGCCUUACACCCAGAUAAAACCUUGGUUGCGACUGGACAAGUUGGGAAGGAUCCUUACAUUUGCAUUUGGGAUUCUUAUAAUGUACAGACUGUUUCCAUUCUUAAAGAUGUACAUACACAUGGAAUUGCUUGUCUGGCUUUUGAUUCAGAUGGACAGCGUUUAGCCUCUGUGGGAUUGGAUGCCAAAAACACAGUCUGCAUUUGGGACUGGAAGAAGGGAAAACUACUGGCAACAGCAACUGGCCAUUCAGACAGGAUUUUUGAUAUUUCCUGGGAUCCAUAUCAGCCAAACAGAGUGGUUAGUUGCGGAGUGAAACAUAUUAAGUUUUGGACACUAUGCGGAAAUGCACUGACUGCAAAAAGAGGGAUAUUUGGCAAAACAGGGGAUCUACAGACGAUCCUUUGCCUCGCGUGUGCCAAAGAAGAUGUUACCUACUCUGGUGCUUUAAAUGGAGACAUCUAUGUCUGGAAAGGGCUCAACUUAGUCCGCACAAUUCAAGGAGCUCAUGGAGCUGGAAUCUUUAGCAUGUAUGCCUGUGAUGAGGGCUUUGCCACUGGUGGUCGAGAUGGGUGCAUACGAUUAUGGGAUAUUGACUUCAAACCAAUAACCAAAAUUGAUCUCAGGGAAACUGAGCAAGGAUACAAAGGUUUGUCCAUCCGUAGUGUUUGCUGGAAAGCAGAUCGACUUUUAGCAGGUACCCAGGACAGUGAAAUAUUUGAAGUGAUAGUGAGAGAAAGAGAUAAGCCAAUGUUGAUCAUGCAAGGUCAUUGUGAAGGGGAGCUCUGGGCCCUUGCUGUCCAUCCCAAGAAACCUUUAGCUGUUACAGGCAGUGAUGAUCGAUCUGUCCGAUUGUGGAGCCUUGCUGAUCACGCCUUGAUUGCCCGCUGUAAUAUGGAAGAAGCAGUGCGCAGUGUAUCGUUCAGCCCAGAUGGAUCUCAGUUAGCACUGGGAAUGAAAGAUGGGUCUUUCAUUGUCCUCCGAGUCAGAGAUAUGACAGAAGUGGUUCAUAUCAAAGACCGAAAGGAAGUAAUUCAUGAAAUGAAAUUUUCUCCAGAUGGUUCUUAUCUUGCAGUAGGGUCCAAUGAUGGACCAGUGGAUAUCUAUGCUGUAGCUCAACGAUAUAAAAAAAUUGGAGAAUGUAACAAAUCUUUUAGUUUUAUUACUCACAUUGACUGGUCUAUGGAUAGUAAAUACUUACAAACCAAUGAUGGUGCAGGAGAACGGUUAUUCUACAAGAUGCCAUCUGGAAAACCCUUAACAAGUAAAGAGGAAAUCAAAGGGAUUCACUGGACAGCCUGGACCUGUGUGAUUGGGCCUGAAGUGAGCGGAAUUUGGCCCAAAUAUAACGACAUUACUGAUAUCAACUCAGUAGACGCUAAUUACAACAGUUCAGUGCUAGUCACUGGAGAUGACUUUGGAUUGGUUAAAUUAUUUAAAUUUCCUUGUCUAAAGAAAGGAGCUAAAUUUAGGAAGUAUGUUGGCCAUUCAGCUCACGUAACGAAUGUCCGCUGGUCACAUGAUUUCCAGUGGGUAUUGAGUACAGGAGGUGCUGAUCAUUCAGUUUUUCAGUGGAGGUUUAUUCCAGAAGGUGUGACCAAUGGUAUCCUUGAUUCAGUACCCCCCGAGGGUGGCAAUGAUUCAUACAGUGAAGAAUCAGAUUCAGAUUUAUCAGAUGUGCCCGAGUUGGACUCAGAUAUCGAACAAGAAGCUCAAAUCAACUAUGAACGCCAGGUUUACAAAGAAGAUCUACCUCAGCUGAAACAACAAAGUAAAGAGAAAAACCACUCUGUGCCCUUCCUUAAAAGAGAAAAAGCUCCAGAGGACAGCUUGAAGCUACAGUUCAUUCAUGGUUAUAGAGGCUAUGACUGUAGAAAUAAUCUGUUCUAUACCCAAACUGGAGAAGUGGUCUACCAUAUUGCAGCAGUCGCUGUUGUGUACAACAGGCAACAACAUUCCCAAAGAUUGUAUCUUGGACAUGACGAUGACAUCCUCAGUCUAGCUAUUCAUCCAGUGAAAGACUAUGUAGCUACUGGACAGGUUGGAAGAGAUGCUGCUAUCCAUGUAUGGGACACACAAACUCUAAAAUGUUUGUCACUAUUAAAGGGACAGCAUCAGAGAGGCGUGUGUGCUCUGGAUUUCUCAGCUGAUGGGAAAUGCCUGGUGUCUGUUGGCUUAGAUGAUUUUCACAGUAUUGUAUAUUGGGACUGGAAAAAAGGAGAAAAGAUAGCAACAACAAGAGGACAUAAAGAUAAGAUAUUUGUAGUGAAGUGCAACCCACAUCAUGUGGACAGACUGGUUACUGUGGGGAUAAAGCACAUCAAAUUCUGGCAACAAGCAGGUGGGGGGUUCACAUCUAAACGAGGAAUCUUUGGCAGUGUUGGGAAAUUAGAAACGAUGAUGUCUGUUUCUUAUGGACGAAUGGAAGACCUGGUUUUCUCUGGAGCUGCAACUGGAGAUAUUUUUAUUUGGAAAGAUAUUCUUUUACUUAAGACUGUGAAAGCUCAUGAUGGGCCUGUUUUUGCUAUGCAUGCAUUGGAUAAGGGUUUUGUAACAGGUGGAAAAGAUGGAAUUGUGGAACUCUGGGAUGAUAUGUUUGAGAGAUGCUUGAAGACUUACGCUAUUAAAAGAUCCGCAUUAUCAACUAGCUCUAAAGGUUUGCUCUUGGAAGACAAUCCUUCAAUUCGUGCCAUCACUUUGGGACAUGGACAUAUCCUAGUAGGGACCAAGAAUGGAGAGAUACUGGAAAUUGAUAAGAGUGGUCCAAUGACUCUGCUUGUUCAGGGGCAUAUGGAGGGAGAAGUCUGGGGUCUGGCAGCCCACCCUCUCCUGCCCAUCUGCGCGACAGUGAGUGAUGAUAAAACUCUUCGAAUCUGGGAACUGUCAUCCCAACACCGCAUGUUGGCUGUUCGGAAGCUCAAAAAAGGUGGGAGAUGCUGUGCCUUUUCUCCUGAUGGGAAAGCCUUAGCGGUUGGGCUGAAUGAUGGGAGCUUCCUAGUUGUGAACGCCGAUACCGUUGAAGAUAUGGUCUCCUUUCACCACAGGAAGGAGAUGAUCUCUGAUAUCAAAUUUUCCAAAGAUACAGGGAAAUACCUGGCUGUGGCAUCCCAUGAUAAUUUUGUAGACAUUUACAAUGUACUCACCAGCAAAAGAGUUGGUAUCUGCAAGGGUGCUUCAAGUUACAUUACACACAUCGACUGGGAUUUGAGAGGAAAAUUGUUACAAGUCAACUCAGGUGCCAAAGAACAACUCUUUUUCGAAGCCCCAAGAGGAAAAAGGCACAUAAUAAGAGCUUCAGAGAUUGAGAAGAUAGAAUGGGACACAUGGACAUGUGUUUUGGGUCCUACUUGUGAAGGAAUCUGGCCAGCACACAGCGAUGUGACGGAUGUGAAUGCUGCUAGUCUUACCAAAGAUUGCUCCCUUUUAGCCACAGGAGAUGACUUUGGCUUUGUAAAAUUAUUUUCAUAUCCUGUAAAGGGCCAACAUGCAAAAUUCAAGAAAUACGUGGGGCACGGGGCCCACGUCACCAAUGUCAGAUGGUUACAUAAUGAUUCAGUACUGCUAACUGUAGGCGGCGCUGAUACUGCUCUGAUGAUCUGGACAAGAGAGUUUGUAGGAACCCAGGAAAGUAAAUUGGUUGACAGUGAGGAGUCAGAUACAGAUGCUGAAGAGGAUGGAGGCUAUGACAGUGAUGUGGCCAGGGAAAAGGCCAUUGAUUAUACCACUAAGAUCUACGCGGUAAGCAUCAGGGAAAUGGAAGGUACUAAGCCACACCAACAGCUGAAAGAGAUUUCAAUGGAGGAAAGGCAGGGAAUUGUCAAGGGAUCCAGGCCACCAGUGAGCAGGGCAGCUCCCCAGCCAGAGAAGCUGCAGAAGAAUAAUACCACCAAAAAAAAGAAACUGGUUGAGGAGCUGGCUUUAGAUCACGUCUUCGGCUAUAGAGGAUUUGAUUGUCGUAAUAACCUGCAUUACCUUAAUGAUGGUGCCGAUAUAAUCUUCCAUACUGCAGCAGCAGGCAUAGUUCAGAACCUUUCCACAGGAAGCCAGAGUUUCUAUCUGGAACAUACUGAUGACAUUCUCUGUUUGACUGUAAACCAACACCCUAAGUAUAAAAAUGUGGUAGCCACCAGCCAGAUAGGAACAACACCUUCAAUCCACAUAUGGGAUGCAAUGAGCAAGCAGACACUUUCAAUGCUUCGAUGUUUCCAUGCAAAAGGGGUUAAUUAUAUCAAUUUCAGUGCUACUGGGAAGCUCCUGGUGUCAGUAGGAGUAGACCCUGAGCAUACGAUCACAGUCUGGCGAUGGCAAGAAGGUGCCAAAGUUGCCAGCCGAGGGGGCCAUCUUGAGCGAAUAUUUGUGGUCGAGUUCCGUCCAGACUCUGACACCCAAUUUGUAUCUGUGGGAGUCAAGCACAUGAAGUUCUGGACACUGGCUGGCAGUGCCCUGCUCUACAAGAAAGGAGUGAUUGGAUCCAUGGAAGGUGCCAAAAUGCAGACGAUGCUCUCUGUGGCCUUCGGUGCUAACAACCUCACUUUCACUGGCGCCAUAAACGGAGAUGUCUAUGUCUGGAAGGAUCAUUUUCUUAUUAGGCUGGUUGCCAAAGCUCAUACAGGCCCAGUCUUUACAAUGUAUACAACUCUUCGAGAUGGACUGAUAGUCACUGGUGGAAAGGAGAGACCGACCAAAGAAGGAGGAGCUGUGAAACUGUGGGACCAAGAGAUGAAGCGUUGCCGGGCAUUUCAGCUAGAGACUGGACAGCUGGUAGAAUGUGUACGCUCAGUGUGUAGAGGCAAAGGGAAAAUUUUAGUGGGAACCAAAGAUGGAGAAAUAAUUGAAGUUGGUGAAAAAAAUGCUGCUUCCAACAUGUUGAUUGAUGGACACAUGGAAGGGGAGAUCUGGGGUCUGGCCACUCACCCUACCAAGGACAUUUUCAUCUCAGCCAGCAAUGAUGGUACAGCCAGGAUCUGGGACCUAGCAGACAAAAAACUUCUGAACAAGGUCAACUUAGGCCAUGCAGCCAGGUGUGCUGCCUACAGCCCUGAUGGAGACAUGGUGGCUAUUGGCAUGAAGAAUGGAGAAUUUGUUAUCUUGUUGGUGAACAGCCUGAAAGUCUGGGGGAAAAAACGAGAUCGGAAAUCAGCUAUUCAGGAUAUCAGAAUGAGUCCCGACAACCACUUCUUAGCCGUAGGCUCAUCAGAACACACUGUCGACUUCUAUGACCUCACCCAAGGCACAAACUUGAACCGAAUUGGAUAUUGCAAAGACAUCCCAAGCUUUGUCAUUCAGAUGGAUUUCUCAGCUGACAGCAAAUACAUUCAGAUUUCAACAGGGUCUUACAAGCGUCAGGUCCAUGAAGUCCCACUGGGGAAGCAGGUGACUGAUGCCACAGUUAUUGAGAAUAUCACCUGGGCCACCUGGACAAGCAUUCUAGGAGAUGAAGUCAUUGGGAUCUGGCCCCGAAAUGCAGAUAAGGCUGAUGUCAACUGUGCCUGUGUGACGCAUGCUGGCCUGAAUGUUGCCACCGGAGAUGACUUUGGGCUGGUGAAACUCUUUGAUUUUCCAUGCACAGAAAAAUUUGCCAAACACAAACGUUACUUUGGUCAUUCGGCUCAUGUGACCAACAUCCGAUUCUCUCAUGACGACAAGUAUGUCAUCAGUACUGGAGGAGAUGAUUGCAGUAUAUUCGUGUGGAGAUGUUUGUAA